CUUUCUGUUUUUGACCAUUCCCUUCCUUCGAAGAAACUUCCAAACAUUUUCUCUCAAAUUUUCUCGAGAAAGUUAACCCAACCAAACAAACAAACAAACGUAAACAACGACGCCUCUUCGCGAAACCUGCCACGAAUUUGUCAUCAUAAUUUACAACCAAUCUUCUUUUCCUUCUUCUUCUUCACAAACGCCAUUUCAAAUUCAAAGUUAAGAUUCCCCAAAACAGCGUCGUUUUGACCAAGAUCUCCGAGUUCAAACAGUUAACCACCGCAACAAUGACGUGUCCCGCGAACUCCAUAACCUACAACACCUCGCUCUGCGCGUGUCCGCCUGGCCAGCUGGCCGGGCCGGCCACCAGCUGCCACGUGUACAACGAGAGCUCGGGGUUUGUGACGGUUUCUGGAGUGCAGGACUACUUCAGCAUGUCGUUUCCCGAGACGUUGUUCGCGUUCGAUUCUAUCAAGAAGUUUAGUCAGUCACAGGCGGUGUUCUUGGAGGGCACGCUGGUGAUGGUGGUGAGCUGGCUGCUGCUGUGUUUCUUUUUGAGGUUUACGAAUGUUGGCGACGGCCGGAAUGUUUGGUUUCGACUCCGGUGGUGGAUUAGUCGCCUCGAUGUUUGUUAUGCUACAAGACAUUGGCUGGAUGAUCAGAAGGUGGUUACAAAGAGGAAAACAGAACUUGGCGGUACUUUUUCAAUAGCAAGUUGGAUACUGUUCAUUGGUCUAUUUGCUGCGUUGCUUUACCAAAUCAUAUCAAAGAGAACAAUUGAGGUGCAUAAUGUGAGAGCUACAAAUGCACCUGAUUUAGCUUCAUUCAUGAAUGAUAUGGAAUUUAAUAUAACCACUGUUUCUAGCAUGACCUGCUCAAACUUACGUGGGCUUGGUACUUUAUUUACUGGAAAUCCUGGCUUCAUUGACUUUAGAGUGGCUCCUCUUUCAAAUUUUGUUAACUAUUCUUGUCACAACACAAGUACUGGCCCAACCCUAAGUUUUAAGUGUAGCAGUUGCCGUCCUUUUCAUGACCAAAUGUACAUUUCGUGGCAGUUUGUUGAUCUUCCCAACAAUCCUGCGACUGCUGUUGGUUUUCAUUUCAACCUAACUGCAAAAGCUCAUGGUAAUAAGAAAUAUGUGAGCUUCGUGAGUGGCAUACUGAAGAAUGGAAGCGAUUUUGAUGAUAGACCAGUUACAUUUAGAGGGACAAAUUCAAAUGUUUUGAAAUUUAAUUUAUUUCCCCAACUAUACCAUAAUUUGAAUGACCUAAGGCUCCUCCAACCUCUUUUUCAUGAGUUUCUACCGGGUUCAUUCUUUCGUGAGACAGCUGCGCUGCAGGCAUCCCUUGAACGUUCUAGUGAUGGACUAAUAAACACCACAAUGUAUAUAAACUUUCUCUCAGCCUACAUCGUUGAGAUUGAAAAUCGAAGUAUAAUUGGUCCUGUGAGCUUUGUUGCAGAUCUUGGUGGCCUAUAUUGCUUUAGUAUCGGCAUAUUUUUCUACUUAUUGGUGCAAUGUGAGUUCAGAAUAAAAAAACUCCGCAAUGAAGAUAGCAUUUUGCGACGAAUUAGAAAUCGUCGAAAAGCUCAAGAGCACUGGGAUAAAUUGAGAAAAUAUGUGAUGUACACUUGGGAUUGUAAGACUUUGCAAAAUGACUACGAAGACACUGAAAAUGGAUCAACUUGCUGUAAUCCCAGGGUUCCAUCACUUCAUAGUAAUGGAACAUUUAACAAAUCUAGGUCUUCCCGGAAACGAAGUCAAAAAAAGGGCAUGGAUACUAUGAGUUUUAACAAGAAAAGCAACUUGCCCUCUGAGAAGUAUUUCCACCAAGUGGCUGAAUAUUUAACUCUGCAGAAUACCAUUCCAGAGUGCACCAAAACUGAAGAGGUGGAGUCUUGUGUAACAGGAACUGCAGCAUAUCCUGAAGGGACGCUGUCACUUCCGAAGGGUGAACCUCCUCUGAACUCGGAAGUGCGUAGCUCUAAAAAUGGUGAGAAAAAGCAUUAUUGUAGUUCAGAUAAGGGAAAUGUCUCUCAACCUCAAGCUGUAGCCCUUGGUGAUGAUAAUAUCAUUCCCCCACCACCUCCACUUGUAGUGAAGGCUGGCUCUGAAGUAGAGAUGUCUGAAAUCCAGAAAAAUUUUCAGCAAUUAUAUGACUUCAAUGUAAUGCUGAGGGAUAAGUUAGUCGCUACACAAUCUUUGCUCCAUGACCUAGCAGUUAAGCCUUCGUCUCCAGUAGCAGAAAGCGAAACAUAAUUGUGAAAACACCAAAGAGUUGCUACCCUUGCUUACAAUUCUGCCAGAAUUUGCCUUCACAUUUGUCGAAGUUUCUUAGAUGUUUGUCCUCGGGAUUUGACCUUUUAAGUAUGUAGCCUGGCCCCUCGUUGAUCUUCCACAGCUGUAACUUACAGGCUCAAGUCUUGCCGCGUUCAAGGUCACUGCUUCGUAAUAGAACGGCAUGGGGAAAAGAAGAACAACUUGGGCUUAUUAAUUGAUGAUCAGCAAUGACAAUUUUAUUGAUAUUAUUUGUGUGGUUACAGCUUUGCUAUAUCUGUCCAAGUAAAAGAUGGCCUGUGGGCAGGCUGCAGAAUUUGAGGUUCUUUGUGCAUUCUGCUGAUCUUGCAUACGAUGUUCGCCAAGCGAUACGUGUGUCGAAAGUAUCGCGAUUUCCUCUUGUAUAUGUUUUAGUUCUUUAUGAUUGGGAAAACAAAUUGGAGGAAGAAGAGAAAAACAUGGAACCAUUCUCUUAUGAUUGAAUUUAUUCAAUUUAUUCAAUUACCUAUAAAGCUAACCAAAUUCUGUGUAUGAAGGGAUUUCUUCACAUUCAAUGCUUCUUAUCUUCUUCUCUACUUGGGUUUUUAUUUUUUUUUAAAUUAU